GUCACCCUGGGGAACCUGCCGCCGUCCACGGACGACGACGACGUGCACCUGCAGUGGUGGGCGACGUACAAGAGCGCGUACGACUACGAUCCGCUCUCUGGGCCCGUCGGCAGCGCCGUCUACGAAGAGAUGGGCACGGCGUACCCCAAGUACUGGUCCGAGGGCUUCAACGGCGGCAACGUGCGCGUGGACGCGUCUGGCGCGGCGGUCGUGCGGGUGCGGAGCCCGUCCACGUACUGGAUCCGUCCGUACCUCAGCUACCCGCACGUGCACUUCCGCGUGUGCCGGGGCAACGCCUCCGCGCAAUUCUACUACGACUCCCUCGUCAUCAAGAUGGACGGACUGGCCAUGUACACCAGGUCGCAGGACACGGAGAUCACCAUCCUCUCCCAGCAGAAGUACUCGCCCACGGGAGCGCAGGUGCCAGUCGAGUACGACAUCCCAGACCCCGUGGGCGUCUUGGUCCUCGCCGACCCUACCACCAGCAGUGGCUCAGGCAUUGCCGUCACGACGACCUCGACGAGCACUUCCACCAGCUCCACCAACGAGCAGCAGUGGCUGGCCGUGGUCCUCGACACCGCGAAGGAGGAGCUCAUGCUGGACGCGCUGGAGUUCUCCCCG